AAAACCGACGUAGUUGCGCGCCGUACGCAGUGGCCCAGACUAAUUAUAGAUGCGGCUGAGGCUUGGGCGCGUUUGUUUAUAAUUUGCCUCCUUCUUCGAUGUCGUCUACUUUAACCCGAAAGACCACCUACUCCUCCAACCACAACAGCCAUCACGACUAUCUACGCGUUCAAUUAGAAGAUGUCCUACGAAUCUGUUUUGGAAGACUACAAAAAGGCGGGCCAGGAUCAUGUUUUGAGCUUCUACGACUCGCUCUCGUCUGAAGAUCAAUCCUCGCUGCUCGCGCAACUGAAAACAAUUGAUCCCGCCCGCGUCACCAACAUCGCCCAGACCGUUCUCGCUCCUCCCUCAACUUCAGAGCCGACCGUUUCAGAAAUCACUCCACUGCCUGAGGUCUCGACUGCGUCACUGCUGAGCGCCUCGCCCGAGCAGAUCGCGCAAUGGGAAGAGAAGGGCUUCGCGCUCAUUGCAGCCAAUGAAGUCGCGGUCGUUCUCCUCGCCGGCGGACAGGGCACCCGACUCGGAUCCUCGGCGCCCAAGGGGUGCUUUGAUAUUGGUCUUCCAUCUCACAAAUCUUUGUUUGCGUUACAGGCCGAGCGUGUUUUGUCGCUGCAGAACCUCGUCGCGAAGAAGACGGGCAAGGCCGUGGUCAUCCCAUGGUACAUCAUGACCUCGGGACCUACGCGCAAGCCUACCGAGGAUUUCUUCAAGGAGAACAAAUACUUCGGACUAGACUCGGCAAACAUAAUUUUCUUCGAGCAAGGUGUUUUGCCCUGCAUCGACAACUCCGGCAAGAUCCUGCUCGAGUCGAAAUCCAAAGUGGCUGUCGCCCCGGACGGCAACGGUGGAAUCUACCGUGCGCUCAUGAGAGAAGGUGUCCUCGAUGACUUCAAGAAGCGUGGCAUCAAGCAUAUUCACGCAUACUGCGUUGACAACUGUUUGGUUCGCAUGGCUGAUCCUAUAUUCCUCGGCUUCGCUGCCUCCAAAUCUCUCCUUGUCGGUACAAAGUCCGUGCCCAAGCGCGGCCCUACCGAGAGCGUCGGGUUGAUUGUGGCCAAGGACGGCCAUCCGGCUGUGAUUGAGUACUCUGAGAUCUCCGAGGAGAUGGCAUUUAGAAAGACCGGUGACGAACUAGCGUUCAGAACCGCAAACAUCGUCAACCAUUACUAUUCUGUCGAAUACCUGGAUUCUAUCCCAACAUGGGAAGAGCACUAUCUUCCCUACCACAUCGCCCGCAAGAAAAUCCCUUGCAUAGACCUUGAAACCGGCUCUUCCAUCUCUCCUUCUUCACCAAACGGAAUCAAGCUCGAGCAGUUCAUCUUCGACUGCUUCCCUCGUCUCGAGUUUUCUGAAUUCGCAAACCUCGAAGUCAAGCGCGAGGACGAGUUCUCGCCACUCAAAAACAAGGUCGGAACAGCGGGCGAAGACGACGCCGACUCGUCUCGCGCUGAUUUGCUCGCCCAGGGUAAACGAUGGGUCGAGGCUGCUGGUGCGACGGUCGAGGCUGGUGUUGUUGGUAUCGAGGUUCCUCCAUUGGUUAGCUACGCCGGUGAGAAUCUCGAGAGCGUCAAGGGUAAAACCUUUUCCUCGGUCAUCGAACUUUCAGUUUGA